CUCCGUCUCUCUGUCGCGUCUGUUUUGAACAACAUCAUGCACUCUUCAUAUUUCACGUGCGUGCGCUCUUAGUCUACGACAUCGAGGUUGAGCCUACUGCCGAAGUUGGCUACCUUCCUACAAGAAUGCGAAACUCAUCAUGAGUCAUCCCAUGAAGGAAGUUGUUUCGAAGGGUCCAUGCGAUCUCGAGGUGAUCAAUGAGCAACACUAGCAAUCCUGAACGAAUCGGAAGCAUUACGGUCGAGUCGAAGGAUGCACCAUCUGAUCCUCACGAUCAUAGCGAUCGUUCCAGUGAUUAGUAUGGCGGCUCGCCGUUAUAGCCUAUUCAGAGCUCACCAACAAGCCGCUUAGCAAUGAUGUGGAUCCGUAUGGCUCAUGCCAGAUGGCCCAUGCCAGACUGCCAGCCGUGAGAAACACUUCAAGAUUAUUACUUCAUGUGUCUGUCAUUAUGUUCAGAUGAUCGUCAUAUUCAAACCUGGAAACCUUCAGCGUAAUCCGGUCGGUCCGAGUGCCUGCUGUCGGGCGGCCCGCGCGGGCGUGGGCGAACAAUAUAUGUCACCGCCACAACAACUUGAGAUAUCCAGGAACAUAGAAACUACGCUUUCUCCCUCUCUCUCUCUCCCUCACGUUUUUCCUGAUAUCACCAACACAAAUUCCGAAUAUCAUGCACUGGAUUCUCAGGCGUCGGCGGAUUGCCAAGCUGCAAAUGUCCUUCGUCUGCUUACGUUCGUAAGUCUGACAUCUUGGCAAUUGCUCUCAGUAAUCGUAGAUUAUGCUGUCAUCGGGGAGAAGACGUCCAUCUCAACGUGUCGUUGGCUAUUUGCAUCAUAUGGGGCAGAUGAUGUUCAAUCGACACGCGUCACUGGCCUGAUUGGAAAUGCGUGCCGAGGCCGGGAAAAAGCUUGUGCAGAUGAUUGUCGUGCUUGGCAUCGUUCGGGCUCACGAUACUGUACUGGAAAUGUUUCCCCACGAGGAAAUUUGCGUAAGAAUAAAAGCACAUCGGCGGCCGGUCACGCGAUAUAUUAUCCAUAUAUUCACAUUUUGCUGUCACUCCAGAAAGGGCCACUAGCAUCACCGACCUUGUCAAAUUUGCGUUAUUACUUUCAACCGUGGCUUCGUUGGGAUAAUGUCAGUACGAUAUUUUACUUAGGUAGUUACGAUUCCAAGCUUAUUCUCUCCAUUGUGCGUCAUUUAUGUUGUUGUGCAGCAACCGCAAGCACCAGCCGCAGGAACCCCGACCUUUCCUUUCUGCAAAUCCACCUGCAGGGAUGGGGGUGGACAGACCCCACAGUUGCCUAAUCUCACUACAGCGAAUCUUCAAACAAGGUUGGGAGACUCGGAGAGCCAACGAUCGCACAAUUUUUCAAUAUGGCUUCAGCAAUUACUUCUAAAUUGCAGCACCUAUGGGACGCUGCCGUUGAGAUCUCGGCUUGAGGGACUGCGAAGGAGACGUGGGCCCAACUUGGCAA